GCAGGUUAAUACAAGGGGGUGCCGAUUCGUUACUCGAUAUUUUACGGAUCGCGUACAAGGACGCGAACAAAUUCGAACUUUCGCUAGCAGGAAAAUCGGCAAAAUUAAUUCGUCCAUUUGGGAAAAACCGCGCUCUGGACAGGGCCGGAGAAUGGGAACAGGCGACAGACUCCUUGACAUUCCAUGUAAGGUGUGUGGAGAUAGAAGUUCGGGAAAGCAUUACGGCAUCUACAGCUGCGACGGAUGUUCGGGUUUCUUCAAACGCAGCAUUCACAGGAAUCGAGUUUACACCUGCAAGGCAACAGGCGAAAUGAAGGGACGAUGUCCUGUCGACAAAACCCAUCGGAACCAAUGCAGAGCCUGCAGGCUGAACAAAUGCUUUCAGGCCAGCAUGAACAAAGACGCUGUUCAACACGAAAGAGGUCCCAGAAAACCCAAGAUUCAUACGAAUUCUCAUGGUCAACCGCAAAUGACCCCGUCCCCGACGUCCUCUGGUAUUUCCUCAUUGGUAAACGACCACAAAGUAACCAUGGCAAGUUCGUUUCACUUCCCGCCAUCCCUGUUUGGAACACCACCUAACCCCAAGGCUCUAGGUUUGCCAACUUCGAUAACGAAUCCAAGACUUUCGGUCGAUACGAUGCCACCACCGAUUUUCCAUCCUCAAGCCCUUCCUCCGCCACCAGGACUCCUACAGAUCCUCAUGUCAGCGGAGAAGUGUCAGGAAUGGGUAUGGGGCGCAAAAUUACCCUCAGAGGUCGACUGUAACUCACAAUCAUCCCUCAGCAGCAGAACGUUUAUAUCGAUGGCUCAGCCCAGUCCUUCGCUUUCGCUACCAUUGACACCCACUUGGGAAAUUUUACAGGAAACAACAGCAAGACUUCUUUUUAUGGCUGUACGAUGGGUCCGAUGUCUACCACCAUUUCAAACCCUGAGCAAAAACGACCAGCUCCUUCUUUUACAAGAAUCCUGGAAGGACUUAUUUCUACUUCAUCUCGCGCAAUGGUCGGUUCCAUGGGACCUUUCCGUUUUACUUACAUGUCCCCAAGCAUGCGAACGUCUACCCACGGAUGCCCACACCGCAAUCGAGAUCAAAACUAUACAGGAAAUCCUGUGCAGAUUUAGACAGAUAUCACCGGAUGUGAGUGAAUGUGGAUGCAUGAAAGCAGUAUUACUCUUUACACCAGAAACGGCAGGUUUAAUGGAUGUGCAACCUGUUGAAAUGUUACAAGAUCAGGCGCAAUGCAUCCUUGGGGAUUACGUAAGGACCAGAUAUCCUAGACAACCUACCAGAUUUGGUCGAUUACUUUUGCUGGUGCCCAGUUUAAGGGCAAUACGUUCGAUAACGGUUGAAUUGUUAUUUUUUAAAGAUACCAUUGGAGAAGUACCGAUAACCCAGCUGCUGGGAGACAUGUACCAGAUGGAAAAAUACACGAGUUUACCAUAAAUUUCAUAGUUUCGUUACCAUUUAAUGUCAUCAUAUUCG